AUGUCUUUCUUAGGUGUUAAAAGGGCAUCGACAGACACCACUGAGAGUGGUGCCAAGGACGGAAAGGUUGAAUCAGAUGAAUUUCGCAUACCAGAACAAGACUUAGAAAAGGAUUCUAUCAAAAAGGAGGUUAUUGCCGAAGAAUAUGAAGAUGAAACGGACAGUACCUUAUCAACUAGUGAGGCAAUAGAAAUUACACUUAAAGAUAUUGAUGAAGUCGUUGAUUUACAUGAACGUGACGUCGAUGCACCAGCUGGGACCAUUAGAAUGUGGGUAUUAGCUAUAGGUUUGUCUACGGUUAUUUCUGGUGUGGAUGUGUUUUUCGCCUUUAGAUUCCCAUCCAUUUCGAUUGGUGCCAUUGUCGCGCAAUUGUUGGCAUAUCCUUUGGGUUUAUUAUGGCAUAUGAUUGUACCAGAAUGGACUAUACGUAUUGGUAAAUGGUCUCUUCCAUUGAACCCUGGUAGAUUUAAUACAAAAGAGCAUGCUUUGAUAUAUCUUUUCACCAAUACUGUCGCCUCGACUGGUUUACUAAGUAACACUCAAAUCGAGCAGGUCAAAUUCUUUAAGAAUGAUUAUGGUAUUGGUAGAUUCAUUCUAUUUGACAUAGCAGGUUUCUUGAUAUCGUGGGGGUUAGCUGGGUUCUCCCUACCGAUCCUGGUAGACCGUGAAGAAGUGAUCUGGCCAGGUGUGUUGAAUUCUUGUGCUCUAUUCAAGGCUUUGCACAACUAUAAGGAACCUUCUAUUCGUGGCUGGAAGAUCACAAGAUUCAACUUCUUCAUUUGUGCUUUCACUGCAAGUUUUAUUUGGUAUUGGUUUUCAGAUUUAAUUAUUCCUUUCAUUGCUAGUUUAGGAGCAUUCCCAUCGUGGUCAAGACCAAAAAACGCUGUUUUAGGCCAAGUUUUUGGUACCACAAAUGGUUUAGGUUUACUUCCUUUAACAUUUGAUUGGCCAACAAUAUCGAAUCUUGGUAAUCCACUGUUAGUUCCCUUGUGGGCCGCAGCUACGAUUUUUGCAAGUUUCGUCUUUUGGGUUUGGAUUGUUGUCCCUGCUAUGUAUUAUCAAAACAAGUGGCACACAGCUCAUUUGCCCCUAUUAUCUAAUAACUUAUUUGACAAGAAAGGGACAUCUUACAAGAUUAAUUCAGUUGUGACCAAGAAAUGGCAAAUUGAUCUUGAGAAGUACAAAGCAUAUUCUCCUGUGUUUAUCCCGGUUGGUUUCUUGAUGUCAUUGGCUUUAAGUUUAGGUGGUUUUAGUGCUGUUAUGAUCUCCUUUUUCUGGAAAUUCAAGACUGAUGCGUGGGAACCUCUAUUCAAAAAGGAGACACAUUCGACUUCCCAUUACAUUGUAGCAUCUGGUAAAAAGUUCAAGACCUUUUAUGUUUGUUCAAUUUUGGUUGGGUUGGCCUUAGGUUUCGUCUUUUCAGAGGCUUGGCAUGAAGCAGCCCAAUUAGGAGCCGGAGGUUACCUUGUUUCUGCACUCAUCGGGAUAUUGAUCUUUGUCCCUGUCGCUUUGGUGGAAUCUAGAUCAACAUUCGAAUUAAACAUGAACGGGUUUUUCAAUGUCGUUGGUGCAUUUUGGUUUAAAGGUAAGCCAAUAGCCACACUUUAUUUCUUGAACACCGGUUUUUCCAUUUUCGAACAUGCUAUGCAUUAUACCCAAGGUGCGAAAUUAGGAUUCUACAUGAAAACUCCACCAAAGCUAACAAUGUUUGUCUUACUGGCAGCUGGUAUUUGGGCAUCCCUAGUGACUUCAAGUGUAGCAGGGUUUGUCCUUUACCACAUUGACAAUGUCUGUACCGCUGCUGCAAAGAAUCAUAUGAUCUGCAAAAAGCAACAAACAGCUUUCAAUACCCAAAUUCUAUGGGGUUUGUUUGGACACAAGAUUUUCGGCGAUGGAGGACGCUACAACUUUAUAAUGUACUUCUUUUUGGUCGGUGCCGUCGUAUCGUGUAUCGUCAUUGUUAUGCAAAUUUGGAGACCCAAAUCUGUCUUCUGGGCCAAGGCAAACCCAGCACUAUUCAUGGCCGGUGCAGAAAAUAUCCCUACUUCCACUGGUAUUAACUACUCUGCAUGGUUUAUUGUAGCAAUGAUCUUCAACUACUAUAUUCAUAAAAAGCAUACGGCUUGGUGGAGAAAGUAUAAUCUAAUUCUUGCCGCUGGCUUGGAUUGUGGUGUUGCAAUUGCUGCAAUUUUGGUCUACUUCUGCGUUGUCUACACUGGUGGAUCUGCAAAUUACAGCUGGUGGGGAACUGAAGUUGCCUCAUCUAGUUGUGACUCCAAAGGUUGUCCAUAUCUUCCAGCAAAGAAAAUCGACGCUUCUGGAAUUACUUGGUGA